GUUUGAGUGGUCCACUGAAUGUAGCAGGGUCGGCCUCGGAGUUGCUUGGUAAAAUUCAACAAACUGAAAAGUUUAUUCUGGAAUCACUCGAUCACGAAAUGGCCAUCGCUUCCCAUCCAGUGUGGGUGGCGUUUCACCUCAGGAUUAAAAACUUUAUGACGGCUGAGUUCCCCAAACUGUACAAGGCCAUUAAUGAAUUGCCCGAUGAAGAGACUAAACGCAAAAACCUCCAGGUGCUGCUCGCGGACUUGUCACACGCCACACUUCCACCAUUAUAAAUUAUAGUUUAUUUUAUUUAAUUCAUUGGCUAAUGUAUACAUUUUUAUUUUAAUAAAAGUUACCAUUUUUAAGCAUUUA